GAUGAAAGAGAUUUAGUUCAAAAGAAGACCUUCACUAAAUGGGUUAACAAGCAUUUGAUCAAGGUGGUACAGCAGCGUCACCUGAUCUCUGAUUUGUUCGAGGAUCUCAGAGACGGCCUUAACCUCAUAACCCUUCUUGAAGUACUUUCCCACAGGAGAUUCCCUCGUGAGAGAGGUCGAAUGAGAUGCCACAUGAUGCAAAAUGUACAGACCGUUCUGCACUAUCUCAACCGAAAAAGGAUAAAGUAUGUAAAUAUUCGAGCUGACGAGAUUGUUGACGGCAAUCCGAAACUUACGCUUGGCCUAAUUUGGACGUUCAUCCUGCAUUAUCAGGUCGGAGAUGUGGUUGUCAGAGGUCAACCUGUAACAGCAGCAGCUACAGACGCCUCAAUCAAGGAAGCCCUGUUGCUUUGGUGCCAGAAAAUGGUCGAAGGUUAUCCAGGGGUCAAGGUGAAGGACUUCUCAAGGUCGUGGAGGGACGGCCUGGCACUUUUGGCUAUAUUGCAUAGACAUAGACCAGAUUUGGUUGAUUUCAAUCGAGCUCGAAGACAGCCACCUCGAGCCAACUUGACCUCGGCUUUUGAGAUUGCUGAACAAGUCUACGGGGUCACUCCACUACUUGAUGCCGAAGACGUGGACGUGGAUGACCCCGAUGAACGAUCCAUCAUCACUUACGUAUCAUUCCUGUACGAGCUUUUCCCAGAUUCAACCACUGGGGAAAGAUCUGCCAGGGAAAAUGUUAGUCAUCAUCGUCGUCGUCGUCAUCGUCAUCUUUGUUAUUAUCGUUAUUUUAACUUUUAUUUUAAUAACUGA